AUGACAAUAAAUCUAAAAUUCGACUUUCUAGUGAUACUAUUGAUGUCACUCUUUCCCAAGUGUUGGUCGUUAACAACAACACCUUCAAAGAAAGCCUCCAUCAUCACCGGUGCCAAUGGUUAUGUGGCCCGAGAAGUGGUCCAAGAGCUCUUGAGUACGUUUCCAAAGCAUUAUGUUUACUGUUUGGUCCGGGAAGGGCGAAUCGAGUCCGAAUCCAACUAUUGGAAGCAAAAAUCGGAUUGCAUCCAAGUGCUACCUUAUGACAUGCUCGAUGGAGGAUCCACCAUGAAGGAAGCCUUGAAGGUUGCGAGAAAAACUCACGAAGAGAUUUGCGUCUACCACAUUGCCUCUGUUUUCGGUCCUAGUGAAGAUCAUGUGCAAACUGCCAACGACAAUGUCCAGGGAACCGAAGAUUUGGUGAAUGCCUUGUUGCCAAAUGGACCGAAGUGUCGCCUAAUAGUCAUCUCGUCCAUGGCAGCGGUCAGAGGAUCAGGACAAGAACCUUUGAAUGGAAGGUGGUACACCGACAAGGAUUGGAACGACAAAUCCAAACUUGGUGACAACUGGGGGUCAUCCUAUCAAUGGAGCAAGGCGGAAUCCGAAAAACGAGCUUGGAAAUUGGCCAAGGAGAAGGGUAUUGCUAUGACUUCAAUCUGCCCCUCCUUUGUCUUUGGACCACCUUCGGAUGGUAUGCUGACCAAUUCCUAUUCGAUUGAGCUAGUUGGUCAGUGGGUCUGGGGGAAAUCGGAAGUCCAGUCCCGGUUAUGUGUUGAUAUCAGGGAUCUUGCAAAAGCCGUAGUGGCGGCUGGCAACAAUCCAAAGGCUAUUGGCCGACGCUUCAUUGUUUCCAAGGAGGAGCGAGUCCCAUCUCAAGAAAUGGCGGAGGCACUGCAGAGCGUUUGUGGGGAAAGUGGAGUGGGAAAUGCCGACAACAUCACAUACGAUGCCAACUUUAAAGGGGGCGCUAUUCCGAUUGGAAGCCGAGAGGUCGAGGCCACCGAAAAACUGGAGAAUGUUUUGGGGAUCACUCUGAGACCAGUUAAGGAAACCAUUGGUGAUAUGGGACGCAUUUUGUUGAUGACCAAGGAGUGA